AUGCUUACACGGUUCUCAGUUGUCACCCUUGUACUUUUUGUUUUAUCCAUCGCUCUGGUGAUUCGCCCAAUCUACAUACCAAUACGGCUUCCUCGCUUCGGGAGGAAAAACAUUCCAAUAAACUUGACCACAACUCCGCCUGCUAUCAUUGCGAUCCUAUGGGCUUCGCAAUGUCUAGGCUCAACCCAGAUUCGUGACGGGAUUGUUGGGACCGGUGGGAUCAAACCGUACAAUAUACUAAUACUAUUCAUGUCUUUAGCUUAUAUGGCUAUUACACUUGAUAUCAGCGGAAUUUUACAGGCAUCAGCUUUCUGGGUCAGUAAUAAAGGCGGAUCCAACGGCUGGAAACUCUACUUAUACUUCUACCUGAUGCUUACACUGCUGAGUAUAUUUCUGGGCAAUGAUGCUGUCAUUCUUUCUGGAACUCGUCACUUUUUUGGUGUAUUACACCCUGAUUACACCACUGCAACCGGGUUGGAACGAAUACCUUGGCUCAUAUCAGAGUUUUCUACUGCCAAUACUGCUAGUAUGGUGUUGUUCGUGGGCAAUAUAACCAACGUGGUCGUUUGCGAAGGCUUUUCCAUCAACAACGUCGCAUUUACUGCCUAUACCAUCCUACCCUUUCUUGGAUGCAAUAUCGCAUGCUUCCUAGCUUUAUCUAUCCAGUUUCGCGAUGAAAAGCACAUACCUCGAAGAUUACGCGCUGUAGGAAGACUAAAUCCAAGGGGCGCUCUUCGUGAUCCAGUUAGUGCUCUCGUUGGAAGUCUUAUCCUUGGCACCUGCUUGGUGGUCAUCAUCACUGUCAGCUUUUUCAAAGUUGAUGUUUGGAAAAUCAGUCUACCAUUUGCAGUGGCAAAGCUCAUAUUUGACCUCGUGUGGGAUCACUAUCGCUUCGUGAAGGGAACGUUGCAUCGUAGACCUUUAACAGAAAACAAAGAGGAUAAAUCCUCUGACAACGAUGACGCUGUGUUAGCGGAAUUCAAACGAGCGAUGUCCUUACCCACAGAAGGAGGCUCCCGUGCGAAGGAUACGUUCGAACCUAAUGAGUGCACCAUUCCCUCUCCAACUGCUUCUGGGACGGGGUCUCCUACCUCCCGUUCGGACCCAUCCAAACUGUCCCAGUCACUCGAGUCUGUGAAAGUCUUCCCAGAUGCACGCCGUCACCUACGAACCAUAUAUGAAGGUUGGGCUGCCCAUUUUCCCACUUUUUUUACUGCUUUACCGCGGCUACCUUUCGGUCUAGUACCAUUUUCAUUUUCGCAGUUCAUCCUCAUCGAAGCACUUCAGCACCAAGGCUGGAUUGACGUAUUCGCCGUCUGGCUUUCCAAGGCUUCUCAUGGGCAGAUACAUGCCUCGAUUUGGUUGAUAGGUGUUAUCGGCGUGCUCAUGUGCAAUGUUGCUGGCACCAACAUUGGCGCUACCAUCCUCCUUACAAAAGUCGUUAUUGCGGCACCAAACUUCCCUUCUGAUAGCUCGCGGGCAGCAGGUAUCGCGCUUGCUGUGGUCAGUAACAUCGGCGCGGUUAGCUUUACAUUCUCUGCUAGUCUCGCGGGUUUGCUUUGGCGAACGAUAUUAAUGCAGCGAGGAAUUAUCAUUCAACAAACGCAGUUUGCUUUUUGGAAUCUUUUGCCUAUUCUGUUAAUGACAUGUGUCGGCCUCGCCGUAGUCUCUGCUGAGAUGGCGGUUCUUUAUUAG